CUACAAAUAACAGUUCAGUUGUGAAAAUGAAGAACUCUAGUAGAUAAUAUGAAUUGAAGACCCAUCUUCACAAUGCCAACCUCAAAGGUUCAAACUUCAAACACUGCUCUUCAGAGCCUACCUCACAAAAUGACGGAUGGACUGAAGAGCAAAGUUGUGGCAAAACGAAAUCCAAAAUUGGUGAAACGACAAGACAAAACAACCCGAAUGACGCCCUCUGUGUUUGCAAAAGAGAUGUCACUUUCCACCGAGGAGAGGCUGGCAAACACAAGUGAGAUGCAUCUUCCUCGCAUUCUGGAGCUCUUAGAUAUGAGUGAGACGACACAUCAGAAGGCCUCCUGUGUGGAUGUGGACCAGCCCAUGUUCCAGCCCUAUCCCUCUGAGAUUGUGUUCCAGAACUACACCCCCUCAGAGAGCUACGAGGUGCCUCUUGUUCUGCGAAACAGUGACAAGAUCCCUCGCCUGGUGAAAGUGGUGGAGGAGGACUCAUUGUACUUUAAGGUGGUCAGCCCGGUGGAUGUGUGCAACAAAGUGGCUCCAGGCAUGGCCUCCACGUUCACUGUCCUCUUCACGCCUCAGGAGAACAAGGACUACCUCCACAGAGUGAUCUGCGUGACUGAGCGGGAGAAGUUUGAGGUGCCCAUUCGAGCGGUGGGGGCUCGGGCCGUCCUGGACUUCCCUGACCAGCUGCACUUUCCCAUCAGCCCCGUGAAGUGCACCGCCCAGAGAACCCUGCUGGUGCGCAACAUUGGGAACUGUGAGGCCAGGUUCCAGCUCAGCACAUGCAGCCCGUUUAGUGUGGACCCUCCUCAGGGGACCCUUGGUGUUGGAGAGAGCAUGCAGAUCACAGUAGACUUUGUGCCCAAGAUCACCGGGGACCACACGCAGGAGCUGCUCCUGCACUACCACACAGGGGAGGAUGUUUACAUCAGCCUUUACGGAGCGGCGACUGACGCCAACGUGAGGCUGGAGCGUAACUCGGUGCUCCUGGAGAAGACCUACAUCUCCAUGGCCAAUCAGCGCUCGGUCGCCAUAGUGAACAGGAGCGACGCCAUCGUGCACUACCAAUGGAAGAGCUUCGCCACGGAAGAGGAGGAGGAGCAACACAAACAGAGGUUCUGUGUGGACCUCCAGCAGGAGGCGGAUGACGAGAUGGAUCAGUUCCUGACGGAGUGUGGAGCGGACCCCACUGCCCGCCACCAGCUCUCCCUGCUCUCCCGCACAUUCCAGGAGCGCCGGAGGCAGCUACGCGACGAGCGCCUGGCCUUCUCCCACCAACACAUCAUCAUAGAGCCUCUGGAGGGAGACGUGUGGCCCAACAGCACAGUAGAGGUCAACAUCGUGUUCAAGCCCCAGGAGGCCAAACUCUAUCAGCAGACUGUGUACUGUGAUAUAACAGGCCGUGAGUCUCGUCUGCCUCUCCGCAUUAAGGGAGAGGGCAUUGGCCCCAAACUCCAGUUCAACUUUGACCUUCUGGAUAUGGGCAACAUCUUCAUCGGCUCCAAGCAUAGCUAUGAGGUCCUCCUGACCAAUAAAGGACUCAUAGCUGCGUCGUACCGAGUCCUGGACGCCAGCUCUGCCCUGGGCCUGUGCUUCUCGUUCAGCCCCGUCACGGGGAGGAUCCCCCCUGGGGACUGCCAUGCCCUGGAGGUCACCUUCUCCUCCAGCACCCUGGGAGCGUUCUCCGAGGACUUCUACUUUGCCGUCGAGGGAAACCCUCUGCCUCUCGUCCUGACGUUCAGGGGCUGUGUAAUGGGGCCCACGUUCCACUUCAGCAUCCCGGAGCUCAACUUCGGGGAGGUGUCCUUCGGGUUUCCACAGACACUGGCCUGCUGCCUGACCAACACCUCACUGGUGCCAAUGACCUUCGACCUCCGGGUUCCAGGGGAUGGCACCGGACCGCCCAGCGUCACCAGCGCACUCCAGGUGUCGGAGCUAAACAGAACCGAUUGGCUCAUAGGCGAGUCAUCGGGAGAGCACCCCACCGAGUUCUCCGUCGUUCCCAGCUCUGGAACAGUGCGUGCCCAAGGACAGAUGGACCUCAAGGUCACCCUGUGCUCCAACACUGUCCGCAGCUACAGCCUGGCCCUGGUGGUGGAUGUCCAGGGCGUUGGUGAGGAUGUGCUGGCCCUCCCGAUCCAUGCCAGGUGCUCCGUCCCUGAGGUGGCCCUGGAGUCCCCUGCACUGCGGCUGGAGAGGUGCUUCCUGGAUUACGCCUACGAGCAUCCAGUGAAGCUGAUCAACAACAGCGACCUGCCGGCCUGCUACGGCCUCCUGUCUCAGGAGUACGAGGAGCAUCCCUCUGUGCUGUACUCCAGUCCUCACCCGCGGGGAGUCAUCCAGCCGCAUGGCUCUGCAGAGAUCCCACUGGUGGUGCAGGCCAAGGCCCUGGGCCCUCUGGACAUCACCGCUCGUAUCGCUGUGCUGGGCAGUCAGCACUCACCGCUGGCCCUGCUGCUGUCCUGCCUCGCCCAGGGCCCGGUCAUCCAUGUCUCUUCUGCAGAGGUGGACUUUGGCAUCGUCCCGGUGCUGACGGACGUCCCCAGGCCGCUGCAGCUGUCAAACCGCUCCCCCAUCCCGGCUCGCUUCCGCGCACAGAUGGCUCGGAGGAAAUCCCUGUGGCGUGUGGAGCCCAGUGAGGGAGUUGUUCCCCCGCUGGGAGAACUGGAGAUCCGGCUGGUGGUUCACCUGGACGACUCCGUCCCCUUCCAGGACAAGCUGCAUCUGUCCGUGCAGGACUCACACACCCAUAUCAUCGCUGUCUCUGCCAGAGGCAAGGGUUCCACCAUCGUCACAGACCGGCCCUUCGCACCCAGUCUAGACCUGGGAGACCACUUCAGCUCUGGGCCAUGCCAGUACCACUUCCGACUGACCAACCGUGGCCGUCGCUACCAUCAGCUGUUCUGGACCGCCGAGGGCCAGAUCCCAUUCCGGCGUAAGAUCACCUUGCCCAAGUGCUCACCCAGGGACAUGAAAGCCCGUAACGCCCUGGUGCCAGAAGCCGCUGAGCUCCACCGGGUCUUCACCCUGCGACCCAUGCGCGUGGAGCUCGCCCCUGGGCAGUCGGCCGACAUGGUGCUGGAGGGAUCCUGCGCCACACCAAAGGUGGUCCGGGAGACACUGGUGUGCUACGGUAUUGUUGACCACCAGAGUGGGAAGGAGCGUGUGAUGACAGUGGACCUCAGCUGCCGCUUUAUCGCCCCCGUGCUGUCCAUCUCCUCCCAGGAGCUUCACUUCUACGUGCAGAAGACUCCUGGUGUUUCUCUGGUCCCCCUUUACCAGAAGUUGGUUCUGACCAGCGUGUCCAGUCUGGCCUUGUCCUUUGAGCUGAGUGUCAACGAGCCCUUCGGCUUGUGUGAAAACUCCGGCGAUGAUGCAUUUAUCAUGUCGAAGAGUCAAGUCUUGGGGGUGGGGGCACGGACGGAGCUGUGGGUGCGCUUCGACCCGCUGUACCGGCGCGACCAGGUGACCCGCGUGGCCGAGGACGUCCUGGAGAUCCGCUACCAGGGCCACCCGCAGCGGGACCUGGUGGCGCUGAAGGGCGAGGUCCACUUCCCCAACCUGCAGUUCUCCAGCACCACGCUGGACUUUGGCUGCGUGCUCAACCACACCGAGAGCCAGCAGCGCGUCACCAUGACCAACAGCAGCCCGCUGCCCGUCUCCUACCGCUGGGCCUUCCUGCUGGACCACAAGCACCACUGCAUCAGGUUUGCUGAGGAGGCGAGCCAGACUCGGGCAGAUCCGUGGGGAGGUGAGGAAACCCAGCACCGGCACCGGUCCCAGCUUCAGCACCAGCCGCCUCACAAACGCCACGGCAACAGCCGGAUGGACUCCAACAGGGAGUUGGCCACUCCUAAGCUGCACUCAGACUGUGAGGAUGACGAGGAGAAGAAAGACCCUGAGAAUGAGACGAAGGAGGGGCGUGGCUCCCCCAAGGAGUGCGUCCCAGCCCCGCCCAACGGGACCCCCACCUGCACCCCCAUCAGCUUCACCCACAGGAAACUGGUGCAGUCUGGACGCCUCUCUCCCCAGUGGCCCCCCAAAACAGACCUCACUGUCCCUGGUGUUCACCCCAACAUUGGGGUGGAGGAGGUGUUUGACAUCUUGCCAAUCUAUGGGCGGCUUCAGCCUGGAGAGAGCCAGCCGGUGGCGUUCUCGUUCUUUGGCCACGCCAACAUCAGCAGCCAGGUGCUGGCUCUGUGUGAGGUGGAGGGGGGUCCCACCUAUGAGAUCACACUCAAGGGCGAAGCCUCGCUGGUCACCUACACACUGGACACCACUGACAUCAACCUUGGCCCUCAGCUGUUUGACCGCGUGGCCGAGGCAGAGAUCGUGCUGAGGAACACAGGCCGCGUGGGCUUUGACUUCAGCACACUGCCGCAGGACCAGGCCGGUAACCCCGACAACCCUCGGCCCGGGCAGCCUCUGGUCAUCCCCAGCUCGGGCCACAUAGAGGCAAACACCGAGCAGAGAAUCUCAGUCUAUUACCUUCCCGGGGUCCCAGAGGUAUUCCACAAGACGUUCCAGCUGCAGGUGGCUUUCUUCGAGCUGGAGACCAUCAGCCUGUGCGGCGAAGGCAUCUUCCCACGAGUGUGCCUGGACCUGCCCAGAGACCUGGACGAGCUGAAGUACGGGCCUCUGCUGAAGGUGGCCAGGGAGAACGUGGAGAACGAGAAGCCCAGGGAAGAGCUCCUUAGUCAGCCCCCCACUGUGGACAGAGCUCUGCCUGAGGAGGACUGCUGCCCAACUUACGACGCCUUGCUACAGAUGGAGGUGGAGAGGCUGCUGGUGAAGGAGAAUGCCGUCUCCAUGGAGACCACACCCGUGGAGAGGAGCGACGUAUCUGGAUCGGGCGGCAGAAAGAGGAGAAAGCUGAGCAAGUUUACACUGCCAGACUACAUACUGGACUUUGGCUAUGUGAUCCAUGGUAAAGUGCCCACCCACAUAGUCAAAGUGACCAACACAGGGCCAUGCCAGGUCUCAUUCAAGGCUGAUCGCCGGCUUCUUGCUGGAACAGGGUUCAGCACAGAGCUGGACAAAGUCAAGAACCUGCCCUACUGUGAGACUGAAACAUUUGAGGUGAAGUUUGAUCCACGUGGAGCAAACCUGGAUUUGGGCCGGGUUGACACAGUUAUGCCCAUUCAGGUGGCAGGGGGCCCGCUUGUGCAGGUGCGCCUGCACGCCGUGGUCACCAUGCCCUCCCUCAGCGUCUCCACGGAAACGCUGCUGUUCGACAGCAUCCAGUGCGGUCUGUGUCAGCUGCUCGCGCUGCAGCUGCACAACCAGGAGCUCGUGCCGUGCGAGUGGAGCGUCGCAGAGGAGGAACGCCCCAAGAAAAAGAUUGAUAAGCAUAUUCCUCUACAUCUGAGGAGAAAAAUGCGACUUGAGUAUCGCCCCCCGCCCGUGGUGUUCGAAGUGCUGCCCUCUUCAGGUGUGCUGUUGCCAGGAGACAGGCUGAAUGUUCAGGUCAAGUUCAGCCCAGCAGAGGGGAGGGCGUACAGCCAGAACCUGGUGCUGAGUGUGGCUCAGAGCACGCAGCGCCUCCUGCUGCUGGCCCAGGGGAAGGGCGAGGAGCCCCAGCUGGAGUUCUCCGCCUCUGUGCUGGACAUGGGGCCCGUGCUGCCCCACAGCGCCGGCGAGGAGACCGAGGUGCUCGUACGGAACCCUUGCCCGUUCCCCGUCGAGUUCUACUCGCUGGAGUUUGACAAGCAAUACCUGGAGGAGGAGAGGGUGCUGCGCGUGCUGAAGGGCUACGAUGGCCAGAAUCUGCUGCUGCUGCCCCCUCGUGCGCCGGGGGAGACUCUCCCCCCGGAGCUGCUGGAGCACUACAAGGAGUUCCACGCCCAUGAGUCCCACGCAGACACCACUGAGUCAUUACUGGGUUUGAAUUCAUCGCUUUGUUCUUCAGAAGCUGUGAGAGAUGACAGUCGGACAAGCAGCAGUGUCGGCGAGCUGGAGGCAAACCCUGUGUCCAAGGCCAACGCCCGGCACCUGGGCAUUGACCUGAGCCCAGAUGGAUUUGCCGCCAGAAACCGCAGAGGAGUCACUAUCAUCGUACAUGGAGCUCCACUCUCCGGUAAGACGGCGACGGCGGUGGCUCUGGCGCGGCACUACGGCGCGGCGUGCCUCUCUCUGGACGCUGUGGUGCUGGACGCCAUGGCAGCAGGGGCCACGCCAGCCGCCAUGCAGGCCAGAGAGCUCUGCGCCAGGGCCGCACAGGAGCACUCCCAGAGGAAGGCGGAGGAGAUGGCCCAGGCCGCUGCAGAUACGCAGUCUCCCACAGCUCAGGCUCCAGGUGUACUCAGCGUGGAGGCUGUAGCCAAGCAUACAGGAGAGAGCAUGGAGCCAAAGGCCCAGGCCUCCUCCAUCUCCACCCGCCACAAACCCACCGCCACCGGGGGGAAGAGGACUGAGCGAGCGGAGACCUCCCCAACAACAGCCACCUCCCAGUUCGAGCAUAUCCAACGUCCCCUCGUUGUCAGUGCGAGUCAGGCGGGAGAGCUGGACCUCAUGAGCUGCCUGCUCCCUGAAGAGAUGCUGGUGGACAUCAUCACAGAGAGACUCCAGCUAAGUGACUGUCUGCGGGGAGUGGUGAUUGAUGGACUGGACACUCUUUACUGUGUCUCGCCGAGCUGCAUGUUGCAUGCUGUCCUCAAGGCCUUGAACAACCGACGCUUCAUCUACCUGGUUGACCUCUCUAACAACUUCCAGAACUUCACAGCCAAGGAGAAGGCGCAGAGAGAGGUGGAGGAGGCUAAGCAGCGUGAGGAGGAGGAGAAGGCGAAGUUGCGGCUUCAGGAGAUGGAUGAGGAGGAGUACGAUGCGCUGACAGAGGAAGAGAAAGAGGACUUUGACCGCCAGCGGCUGCAGAUGGUGCGGGAGCGCAAGCGCAGGGAACAGGAGCGCAUGGAGCGAGAGCAGGAGGAGAGGAGGCAACAGGAGGAGCUGGAACGACAAAGAGAGGAGGAGGAGAUGAGGAAGAGAGGCAAAAAAGGAAAGAAAGAUGCAGCCGCAUCCAAAGAAGAGGCUGCUGGGAAGAAGAGCCAGCUUGGCUGGAAACAGUCUUCAUCUGCGCUUCGCUCAGAGACAAGGCUGGAAGGCUCCAAAGACAGCCGGAAAAUGUCCUCCUGUCAGGAAGGCAAAGACGCGCCCCCAGCUGUAGGCGAGGGCAGCAAAGAGGCCGAGGAGAAGAAGAAGAAGAACAAAGAGGCCAAAGCAGGAGGGCAGGAGGACACUCCGCCUGCCAACGAAGAGCUGGACGGAGAAGUGCUGAGCCGAAGUGACAGGCAGCUCCUGCAGCGCUUCCAGGUGUACGAGCACAGCCAGGCGCACCUGAGCCACGUGCUGCACUUCUGGGACCGCGCCCAGGGCGUGCUGCUGCGGCCCUUCGGCUCCGAGGAGGAGGCCGACGAAGCGCCGGGCCCCGAGCGCCAAGCCGCCGCGUCCGGCAAGAAGACCAAGAAGGAGCGCGAGAAGGAGCGCCAUGAGAAGGACCGGCUCAAGGCCGACAGCGAGGUCAAGUCCAUCUCGCCGGACCCCAGCCGGAUGCCGCUGGUGGGAGAUCCCUCCGAGCCGCUGGAGAGGGAGGGGGUGGCAGAUGCCGUUCCCCACAUCAUCAUCCCUGUGUCCGGCAGAGGGCACUCGGUGGCCACGGAGGUCCUGCAGGACGAGAGACUACCCUCCCUUGAUGAGGUGCUGGACGGUUUGGGCCUGGGCCUCAAAGGCCCCCCCAUCCCUCCGCCCAGCGUCUUCUCCGUGGUGCCCUACCCCGACAGGCGCUCGGAGCCCAGCCUGCAGUGCCUCCCUGGCUGCUUCACCUUCCUCCGGCUGCUCUCCCCCGAGGACCUGGCCGAGGAGAAGAAAGAGGCCGAGCUGGAGGCAGAGCUGCAGGCAGCGCUGCUGAAGGAGGAUGCACUAUCGCCAGCCAAAGGCAAGUCCAAGAAGGUUGAGCAAAGCAAGGAUAGCCAAAAGGAAAAGCGUCGCCCUGCCUCCAAGAAAGCCCCAAAGUCCUCUGACUCUCAAACAGCCCCGUUGAACGUCAUCACCCCACUCUAUGAUGCUGAGCUCAGCACCCAGCCGGAUCACACAGGCCAACAGGAGCACAACCACAACCACAGGCUGACCAAUUUCCGCUGGAUUGUGCCUGCCAAUGGCGAGGUGACCCUCAAGUUGUGGUUCCAUUCUGCAGUGCUGGGCACGUUCAAACAGACGCUCAACUUUGAGGUGAUGGGCACCAAGAAACUCUACCAGCUGCAGUGCCAAGGCAUUUGUGCCUACCCAAACAUCAGCAGAGAUCACAAGGUGGUAUUUGCUACCAGUAAAAAAAUUCAAAAUCCUGAGGAGGUUGUGCAGAAAGCCUAUAUUGUCCGAAAGGGCCUCUUUGACUUUGGACCCCUUCUAUGUGGAAAGACAAGAGACAGAUAUAAGGAGAGGAAGUACCCAGAGAAUAUGGAGAGGCUCGUAAUGUACAAUAACUCCCCAAUGGAAGCAGAGAUCGACUUUUGCUUCCAGCACGACACCAAAGCCACCACCUAUCUGUUGGACCCACCCGCAAUGACGCUCAAGCCCAGAGAAAAGAAGGAGCUGGUGAUCUGGGCCUACCCCAUCACCCCGGGCCAGAUCGACGACAGUCUGGUGUGCUGUGUGAAGGACAACCCAGACGCCGCGGUGUUCCGGCUAUCCUGCCACGGAGUCCGUCCCGAGCUGGACCUCGAGCGCAAGCACCUGCACUUUGAUAAGAUUCUGCUGCACAGGAAAGAGACUCGUAACCUGCUCCUGCGGAACACUAAGACCCUGCCGGUGGCGUGGCGUCUGAGCGGGAUGGAGGUGCUGGGCGACGAAUUCAGCGUGUCGCAGGACCAGGGCGUCCUGCUGCCCCACUCAGAGUUCUGCCUGCAGAUGCACUUCAGGGCCGUCAAGCCCGUCAACCUCAAGAGGGCCGUCCGGCUAGAGGUUUCAGAUGCGGAUGGUAUCCUGGGAAUUUUCCACACUGAGAACAUUCAGGUGUCUGCUGAGGCCUAUGAUGUGGCACUAGACAUCACUUUCCCCAAAGGCGCUGAUGGAGGGCUGGAUUUUGGAACUGUUAAAGUAGCAGAGGAAGUGAAGCUAUCGGUGAACCUGAAGAACAAAGGCAAAUAUGACAUCGCCUACAAAUUCGUGCUGGAGCCGACUGUUCCUGAAUUGCCUGACCUGAACUCCGCCUUCACCGUGCUGCCUCAGAAGGGCGUGCUCCACCCCACCGACCGUCCCGCUGGGGUCCAGUUCGUCUUCCGCUGCAACAAGGAAGUGCGCAUCGAAGAUCAGCCAGUCCUGCGCUGCCAGGUUAUUGAACCAAAUAUUUCAAAUGCUGGGGAGACCAUCGCCAUCAUUCCCAUCAAGGUCUCUGUCCUGUCUGUCUUUUCCAAAUACUCCAUAUCACCCCCCAGUGACAUCAACUUUGGACCCCUUGUGUACGGGAGUCGCAAGACCCGAAGCUUCAGCAUUGAGAACAAGGGGGACUUUGAAGUCCGCUACCAAGUCUCCAGGAUCUGCAAAGACACCCAAGGGCCUGCGCAGAGGAGAGGGAUAGCCAAGAGGACGUCGCGAGAAAGUCACUCGGCCAAGCCUAUCACCGGCAGGCCUCGGCGAAGCGACUCCAUUCAGAAAGACAAUAUGGUGGCUCAGACCCGCUUCACCACAGGAGUGUUCUCGCUGGCGCCCUGCUUUGGCGUGCUGACCCCGGGGGCCUCCCAGGUGGUGACCGUGGAGUGUGUGGCCGAGCAGCCGGGCCUUUGGCAGGAGUACCUCGCCGUGGACAUCAGCGACCGAAACCCUCUGGACAACCCUGGAGGCAUCCCCUAUCAGCUGGUGGCAGAAGUCUGUAUGCCAGGCAUCAUCAAGGACCUUUCCUCCAUCUUCGAGGAGCACCACAUCUGUAAGAACAGCAACAUGCUGCAGUGUGAGCAGUUCAGAGAUGCCAAAGGCGUCUACGUGGAAGACGACAAUAAGUUCGUCUUCAACAACGUCGUCGUCGGACAGUCGGCCAAGGCCCGCCUCCGCCUCACCAAUAGCGGCAAAGUCCCCUGCGCCCUGAGUCUGUCUGCUAAAUCAGUGCAGUCCAAGACCACCCGCACCACGGAGGUGUUUGAGCUGGUCCCCAGUAAGAUGUGCCUCCCCAGCCACUCCCACGCCUUCGCCGUCAUCACCUUCACCCCGCCCAAUAUGCAGAGCUAUCAUGGCGUCUUUGAGGUCACCCUGGAGGGAGCUUCCAGUGCGAUGGCGGUGGGGAAGACCAAGCUGCUGGUGAUGGACCUGGUGGGCGAUGGGAACCUGCCCUCUAUGAGCAUGUUGCGGCCCGUGGUCAGGAACAGCCGGGGCCAGCCCGUGCUCCAGUUCAAACGCUUGCUGGUUGGCCGACAGCAGACUUUACCGCUCGUCAUUAAGAACACCGGAAACCUACCUGCAAAGGCCACUAUUGAAUUGCAAGACCAAAUGGGAGUGUUCAAGAUGAAGGCUGCGCCUUGCACUCUAUCCAGAAUCAUCACCCCACUGAUGCCAGAGGGUGGAAGUGGAGAAGAGGAAUCGUUGGGCAACGUUUUGUCGCUGGAGGUGAGCGUGGGCCAGCAGGCAGAGUUUGAAGUGGAGUUCUGUCCUGGAAGCGCUCAGAGCUUUGAGGCCUCCAUACGGCUGGUGGUGGCCGAUAACCUAUUUGAAGAGACGGAGGUGCAGCUUUUAGGAGAGAGCUACCAGGACAUCGUCACACUGGACAACAUCAUCAGCAAAGAGCUGGAAUCCACAAACGACAAGUCUGACCACCUGCACUUCGGCGACUGCUACGUGGCCAAACCCUACCGGGCCACCUUCACCAUGACCAACCUGAGCGGCUCGGACGCGCUCCGCUUCGAGUGGCCGGCGGACAGCGCCCAGGUGUGCUUCUCCCCGCGGCUCGGCCACCUUCACGCCGGCUGCUCCAAAGACGUGACCGUCACCUUCUGCUCCAAGCAGCCCACCGUGCUCAGCGGCCAGCCCCACAAGUGCAGGCUGUGCCGCGUCGUCUUCCAGCAGCCCGUGGACCAGGUGGAGGACUGGGAUGACCGGCAGAGGACGGUCAAGUGGGUGGACGCCUCCAAACCGGCGGCCACUCAGAAAAAGGAGCCGUCCAAAAAGAAGGUGAUUGAGAUCGAUCCAGAGCCCUCCAACACUGUGGUGGAGAACUCCUCUAGAGAACUGGAGCUGCUCCUGAGCGCCGUGUGCGACUACGCAACCUUCUCCUGCCACACUGAGCCCAUACACUUCAAGGACACCAUGCUGUACCAGACUCGAGUCUACAAACUCCAGAUGUCAAAUAGCGGCACAACCCAGAUGGACUUCUCCUGGCAGAUCAUGUAUGGUGGAGCAACAGCAACAGAUCCCAGAGAUGUCCCCAGCCGCUCCGGUGGCCAGUCUCGCUGUGGCACGGCCCUGCGCCCGUGCUCCUCUCUGAGCAGCGUGUCCAGCAUGCUGCUGGGGGACCCCGAGCUGCCGCCGUUCUGCGUGGAGCCCAGCGUGGGAGCCAUCGGCCCCAAAUCCAGCCAGACCUUCAGCGUGCGCUUCUCCCCCAUCGAGGUGGCCGACUACCAGGCUCAGCUGGUGUGCAGUAUCCCUAAUCUGAAAGACGAGCAGGGUCCCACCAUACAAGUGCGAGGCUACAGCCUACUCCCCUACUGUCACUUCCACCUGGAGGAGUCCGACUACAUCACGGGCAACCGGCGCAACCCAGAGCUGCAGGGCCCACAGAAUACCCCUCCACCAUGCACCCUGGACGCCAGCACACGGGUCAUAGAGUUCACAUCCAUCGGGGUCGGUCUGCGCACCACCAGGCAGUUCAGCUUAGUGAACCCCACCAACAAGCCUUAUUCUUAUGAGUGGAGAUGUGUGGACACUACGCCCUCACCUUUCAAAUGCCGCACUCCCAAUAGCUCCAUCCUACCUGGAAAGAAAGUGGAGGUGAUUUUCGACUUCCGCGCCACGGCCUUGGAGCUGGUGGAGUCGUUUUGGACCUUCCAGAUCCCUGAGCGCAACAUCUCUGUUCCCUUCUUACUGGUGGCCACUGCUCGUGACCCAGUGGUCUACUUUGACCAGGCCCACCUCAACAUGGGCAGUCUGCUCAUAGGCCGUGCGGUUCAGCACACACUGAAUCUGGUGAACAGUGAGAAUAAGCCGUUCCAGUUUGCUGUCCAGGAGAGUUCCUGCUACUCCGAGGGCUUUGUGGAACAGCUGCAGGUGGAGCCCAUGCAGGGGACAGUUCCAGCCAAUGACAAGUUGCCAGUGGUGGUGACUUUCAGGCCCAACCAGGCGGGUGAGGUGGCCUUUAACCUGGCGGCGAGCGUGCAGAGCAAGGUGCAGCCGACCGUGCUCAACAUGAAGGCCGAGUGCUACAGCAUGAGCGCCACGGUGCAGUGUGAGGACCCCGAGGGCCUCGUCACCGACAUGGCGCCCAACGGCCUGCACGAGGUGGACUUCAAACAGGUGGAGUUGAGUGAUAAGGUCACGGUUGCAUUCCUGGUGUCUAACCCUGGGCUAUUCAGUCUGGACAUCCAGUAUCAACUCUGGGGUCCACCUGAACUGCAGCGCCACCUACAGGUUGAGCCAGAACAUGACAUUGUGACCACUGGCAAGCAGAGCCAGUGCACUGUGUCCUUCUACCCCCAGACCAAGUGUGUGCUCAGAGACGUCGGCUUCAGUAUUAAGAUCAAGCACGGUCCUGUGUACAGCUGUGCCUUGCGGGGGGUGGCGGAGUUCCCAGGACUGGACUUCUCCUUCAAAAAGCACAACUUUGGGAAGAACUUCAUCUUCUCGGCAGGGAUGACUCCAGCCUCAAAAACCCUGGUCCUCACCAAUCGAGGAGAGCGAGGAAUCAGUGUGGACUGCUCUUUCACAAACACCCCCUUCUUGGAGAUGGGCUUCCAGCCCCAAAUCCUCCCUCCCGGUGGUUACAUGGAUGUACCCAUCACAUUCUACCCACGAGAGGCCAAACAGUACCACGAGAAACUGGUCUUUGGCAUCAACGAGUGCACCAAGCAAGUGGUGGACAUCCUGGGCCAAGGCACAGAAAUUAAGCUGGACUUCGAGGACCCCCGGCAGAAGGUGGUGAAUCUGGGGUCACUGCAGGUGGGCCAGUGCAGCCGCCGGGUCAUCCCUCUGGUCAACAACAGCGCUUCGGCCAUCACCUUCUACCUCCAGCUCUACUCCACAGUGGAGGCGCUACAUGAUCCACAGGUGCUGUCCGUGUCCCCGUGCGCUGAGCUGACGGUGGCCGGCGGCGGCGGGCGCUGUGCGGUGGAGCUGCUCUUCUCGCCCCGUGAGCGCAUGCCCCCCUUCAGCGAGGAGCUGCAGCUGGAGUGCCUGGGCAUGGCGCGCCCCCUGCUGGCGCUGCGCGGCUGCUGCCACGGCGUGGAGGUCAAGCUGGACCAGGACUACCUGACCUUCGGCGCCGUGGUCCAGCGCUGCCAGGCCACCCAGUGCAUCCUCAUGCAGAACACCGGCGACAUCGGGACCAGUUUCCAGUGGGAUUUGAAGAGUUUCCUUCCCGACUUCUCCAUCAGUCCUGUGAAGGGCUACCUCUGCCCUGGGAUGGAGGUGUCGUUCAAGGUGACCUUUGCCCCCACGGAACUGUGCCAGGACCUGCGUUACGAGGGCCUGACCUGCACCAUCGAGGGCAGCAGCCCCAUCUCCCUCACCCUCACGGGCUCCUGCAUCGUGCCCCCCACCGCAAAGGAGGUGAUGAACUUCACCUGCCAGGUGCGCUCCCAGCACACGCAGCCGCUGACCAUGUCCAACCGCACCAACCAGCGCUGGACCCUCAAGCCCGUGAUCGAGGGCCAGCACUGGACCGGCGCGCCCAACUUCAUCAUCGAGCCCUACCAGCAGAACAAGGUCUACGAGGUCAUCUACAAGCCCAUGGUCAUGACCACAGAUGGCAAGAAACACCAGGGUUCGAUUUUUUUCCCCUUCCCGGAUGGCACAGGGAUGCUCUAUACGCUGGUUGGCACUGCUGAGCCUCCCAAGCCUGUGGCCACCAUCAGCCACGAGCUGCCCUGCAAGACCACCUACACCGAGGUGCUGCCUGUGCAGAACUGGCUGCCCAAGCCACAGAGGUUCCGUGUUUUGCUGGAGAUGAUUAAACCGGAUCGUCCAGACAGCACCAUCUCUCUGAAAGGCCUGGAUUAUGUGGACGUGUCGGGCCUGGCCACCAAAGACCAUAAAAUCUCCUUCUUCUCCUAUAAAGAAGGCACGUUUCAUGCCAAGGUCACAUUCCGCAACGAGGUGACCGGCGAGUACCUGUUCUACCUGCUGAGCUUCAAAGCCACGGCGCCGGGGGUGAUCAGCACCAUCGAGAUGGUGACGCCGGUGCGGCAGGUGACGUCGGCCUCGGUGAGGGUGGAGAACCCGCUGUCCGUCUCCCUCUACUUCACCGUGGAGUGCCGCAGCCCCGACGUCAGCAUGCCCUCGCAGCUGUCCGUGCCAGCCAUGACACAGGGCACCCUGACGUUUGAGUACCAGCCCCUGAGGACGGGCGAGUCCACCACGCGGCUGGUGCUGCACAACUCUGAGCUGGGCUACUUCCACUACGACCUCCAGCUCAAGGCCCGGCCGCCCCCCCAGGAGAAGCCCCUGUACUUCCACGCGCCCCUGGGCAGCGGAACCUACGUGCCACUCAAGUUCAUCAACUAUUCCCGUGUUAAAUCAGAGUAUUCCUGCAAGAUCGACGUUCCUGACUUUGUGGCUGAGAAGCUCCUCCACGUGCUGCCCGGCUUCCAAGCGGGCAUCGACGCCACCGUAGAGGUGUACUUUGAGCCGUGCCAGCUGGGCGAGGUGCGCGGCCUGCUCACGCUCUCCUCGGCGUUCGGCGGCGACUACGCCUUCCCGCUGCACGGCACCUGCACGCCGCCCAAGGCGCAAGGCCCCUUCAACAUCCGCGCCGGCUCCAACGUCUCCAUCCCCUUCAAGAACAUCUUCCUGCAGACCACGGCCUUCUCCUUCCAGGUGGACAACCCGGCCUUCACCGUCAAGGGCGUGGAGACCAUCCGGCCCAAGAAGACCCACAACAUCCUGGUGGCGUUCGACGGGCCCCUGCCGGGCGCUCGGAGCCCCUGCAGCGGGAAGCUGAUCAUCUCCAGCCCCCGCGUCGAGGGCCAGGGCCAGCCCAUCUCCUGGGUCUUCUACCUGAAGGGCAACAUGCCUGAGCAGGCCCUGAGGGACAAGUCCUCCUGAGACCUACGCAUCACCCACACCCAGCCAUAAACACACACACACACACACACACACACACACACACACACACACACACACACACACACACACACACACACACACACGCACACACACACACACACAGGCCUCUUGAGACAGACACACACACAUGCACACACACAGGCUUCCUGAGACCCAAACAUAAAACCCACCCAACCACACACACACAGGCCAAUGUCAGUGCACUUUACAGGGAGUUUACAGAGAGCUCUUUUAUGGUUUCGUAACAUUUAAAUAAAAAAUAUUUGGAUAUGUGAUGCAGUAGUGUGAUGUAUGAUGUGCAUUUGUUUGUGCUUUACACAAAAGAUUAUUAUUAAUAUUUGUUCUUUUUUUUUUUUAUUUGGAGAGCAUACCAUUACUUUAUACUGCACCUGCCAAAGAAAGAUGAUUUUACAUUAUUACAUUGUUACAAUUCUACAAAAUAAAUUUACUGGCAGACUUUAAAAUAAA